CUCGGAGUUUCUCUUUCCUUCACGCGCCCGACCGCUCCUUCCUCUCCGCGCCCGCCUCAAACUCGGCUCCUCCUCCCCUCGAGCGGGAGCGGGAGCUUGGAUUGGAGCCAUUUUCACCCGACCCAGCGAGCGUCGGGCCGCAGAGGCGGGCGCCCCGCGGAGGGGCGUGAGAGCUGUUCGCAAAGUAAACAGCAUUAUCUCCGUUGUGCAGGUGAGGAAACUGAGGCACGGACGGGACUUGCCCAAGGCCUCACUGCGAGUCAGUGGCAGAGUGGAGGAAAAGUAUAUUAACUUGUUCUCAAGAUGGAAACACCAUUGUUAGACAAAUCAACAUCACUGUGCAGUACUCCAAAGGACCGUGGGACACUAGCUCCUCAGAGCACCGGCUCAGGGAAAAAGCCAAUGAGCACAGCACUUAAGGAGCGAUUAAAGAAAGCAAGACGUUCAUUUAAUUCCAGUUUCACUGUGGCAAAACGCCUUAAAGUAGAUAUUGAAGAAAAAGAUUACAGUACUUCUGAAGAAGGGGCUCUAUUGGCAAAAGAAUCCUGUUCCAGAUUACAAAAUAGCUGUGAAAUCCUGGAGAAGAACUGUGCUGCAAAUACAAGUUUGAAUAGUCCUGAACAGGAGAGACAUUGCUGCAGACUUGUUCAGAAUUCUCCACACUCUGUGGUGUUGGGGGCUGACCUUAGUCAACAAGAACUACUGGAGGAAAAAUUAAGAUUGUUGAAGCAGGUCCAAGAGAAGGAAGAGCUGCUUCGAAGACUCAAACUGGUCAAGAUGUACAGAUCCAAGAAUAACCCAUCAGAAUUGCAGUCUUUGAUAACAAAAUGGAGAUGCAGCACCCAGUUGAUGCUUUAUGAACUCCAGUCAGCUUUGUCUACAGAUGGCAAUAAACUGAGCCUUACUCUGUUGAUAGACAAUUUUGGAUUAGAAGACAAGUUACUACACUACAGCAGAACAGAAGAAGACUUUACAGAUAUGUAAUUUACAAUUACAAAGGUUUCCUUUAUAAAAAAGAUUAAAUGUAAACUGAUUGCAUCGUAACUAUUAAAUCAUCAUGAUAGUUUGUUUCAGUAGUGGAUUGUUGUAAUAGACUGUGCUUAUGUAUAUGCUGUAAGAGGCAGUUAUUUUCUGGAAAGGAUUAUCUCUUAGGUAGAAACUUACUCAUUGAGAAAAUUGCCAUUAGUGGAUGUGAAAAUGAAAUCUAGUAAUAUUGUACUUAAACAGCGGGCUGCAUCUUGUCUGAUCAGUCUUACACUGUACAUUCUCUUGUUUGAUAUAAUGGGAUCAAGCUAACUGCUUUUUCUAGUUAUACUAAGAUGUUGACAAAUUCAACACAUACAUAUUCUGAAAGUUUCUUCAAUUUGCCAGUCAAUUGAUGCGAGCUUUCUAAGGAUUAAGUUCAGGUGUAAUCACUUUGCAUAGUCUCAGUUACUGAAGCAAUACUGAGUUUUUGUACAUGGCUUUAUUUCUUGUGAUACUAGAAGCAAUACAUAUUCUGUGGUGCUUAACAAAAACAGAACUGUGUCUAAUGUAUUUAAAUGGCUGCAUUUAAUUUACCUUUCUGCAAUUUAUUCUUCUUAAAUCCCAAAGCCAUUUUCCCCUUUGUAUGUCUUAUGUUUUAGUUCUAAUUUGUGAGUGGUAUUUUAUUAUGUUAAUUAGAGAUUGUGUGAGAGAAGUUGAUUCCCUGUUGACUGUCUCCUCCUUGACCAUCCAUUUAUUUUAGCUGCUGCUUUUAUAUUUUACUUUGAAACAUGCUUCAUCUAGUGUAAAUUUAUAAGAACCCCAACUGCCCCACACACGUCCAGAAUGCACCAAUUCAUUGUACACGUACAUUUCCUAAUCUACUGUAACUUUGUUUUGUUGUACAUGCGACAAUUUAUACUCCCUUCCCCAACACUAAGACGCUUCUGAUGUAUCUGCAGGGAAAUCAAGAAAAAUCUGAGUUUAGAAGUAGUAUAUUUUUGUUUUUUUGUUCCAGAUUACCAUGCUCCUGUCUAUCAGGUGACACUAGACCUAAAUUCUGCAGCAAGGCCCUCUUGGGUGGAAGGUAUAGGGUGAAUUUUACUGCUAACUAGGAAUUUAUAUAAGAAGUGUUUAUUAUUAAAUAAUUUGAUAAUCUGCAUGGUUACUAAGAUGAAGAAGAGGCUGAUACAGUGGCUUGGGUAAGAAGAUGGGGCAUCCAGAAGGGAGUAGCUGCCCUCCCAGGGCUCUUUGGUUCUGCUAGAUUGGAAUUCAACCCCUGCCUCCUGCUGAGGAGUUGGUAUGAGGUAAGAAAUCUGGGAAGAACCAUGGAGGGGUAAUUAGACUAAUUAUGAAUCAUAGUUAAUGAUAAAGCAAUAAAUAGAAGUCAGAUCUAGAAGGAGGCAGUAACUGCAAUCAAGAAGUUUUGAUAACAAAUGUAGUAUUUGCUAAACAAAAGUAUUAAUGCUGUUAGUGAUGUCACCUUGGAAUGGGGCUCUAACUUGAGGCAUAUUUCCUAGGAAAGAUGAAAGAAGAAACAAUUUAGAACAGGUGGGGGAAAUUGUAAUGGCAGGAAAUUCCUGUGCAGGUCCAUUUUAGACCACAUGGUUCCUCUUUCCCUUAUCUGCUUCCCAUCUCUUUGGGGAGAGAAGUGGUAUGAGAAGAAAUCUUAUGCCAACACAUCUGAAAUUGGACUCCUCUAGUGGGGCAUAUAGUAGAAACUGUUUAAGAAGAGUCCAGUAGGGUAGCUCUAAUAAAGCUUAUUUAAUCUAAGGACUGUUAAGAUUUUUUUUAAAUACAGUGAAGUGGAAUAAAAUUUAAGAGCAGAAAUAAGAUGAAACUAAUAAUGGUUUAAAAAUGAAAAGAUGUUCAACUCUUUAGGAUUCAAAAUUAUUAACAGUGGAUGUAGACUUAAAUUGUAUCUUCCAGAAUUUAAAACAGUUUUGAAAACCAGUUCAUACUUCACUUUCCAAGCCUUCCAAGUUCAGACUUGUGUAUCAUGUCAAUUAGAGCAAUUGAAAAAACAGACACUUAAAAACAGUGCUGAGAGCAUUUUCUUGUGAUGUUAACUGGCGUUGACCUGUUCAGUGUGCGAUGGCAUCAACUAAUGAGGUAAAAUAUGGGAUCCUGCACUCAAGACUUGGAAGUUAAAUGAAGCAGGAGUAUUGUAUUUUUUUUUAAUUAUAAUAUAAUCAAGGUAAAGUGCAUGUAAUGCUGCCUGUCAUCACGGUAUCAUGAAGUAAUGAUGAUGAACUUUUAUUUUAAAUCA